AUGGGAUUGCAAAUGCUUUUGCUGCAAGCCCACUUCUUUCUGGCGAUGCUGCUUAUUUUUGUCUCAAAAUCAGUUUCUACACAAAAUAAUUUCCCAAGAGCUAAAUGCGCUGAUCAUUGUGGAGAUGUAAGUAUUCCCUUCCCCUUCGGUACAAGGGAAGGUUGUUACCUUAGUGAAACAUUCUUAGUCACUUGUAAAGACUCUCACUACGAUCCUCCUAAACCAUUCUUGAGACGCUCAAACAUAGAAAUCACAAAAAUAUCCCUGGAGGGUCAAUUGACUGUGUUGAACUCCAUUGCAAAAGACUGUUAUGCUAGGAAUGGAACCAGAGUACUCUAUAAUGGCUCCUAUAUAGGCUUCAAAGAAUUCACAGCCAAUAAUACCGCCAACAAGUUCACUGUUGUUGGUUGUGAUACUCAUGCUUUUGUAUCCGGGGGCUGGAUUUACGAGAAUGAAUACCAAACAGGGUGCACUUCCCUGUGUGCCAGCGAGGAUGAUCUGGUGGAAGGGCCAUGUUCUGGUGUAGGCUGUUGCCAAACGUCUGUCCCAAAAGGGGUGUGGGGAGUUGAAUUGAGCUUGUAUAGCUAUGAUAAUUUCACAAAGAGCUAUGAUAAUUACAGCACCGUCUGGGACUUCAAUAAUUGCAGCUAUGCAUUUUUUGCUGAGGAAAGUGCAUUCAAUUUUUCUCCAAAUAUUCUUUCAAGUCUGAUGAAUGUAGAGGAGCUUCCCAUGGUGGUUGACUGGGCAAUUGACGGAGGAACAUGUGAGGAGUCUCAGAAGAACAAGUCUAGUUAUGCAUGUAAAAGCACGAAUUCGAGUUGUAAUGAAACUGAUAAUGGGUAUCGUUGCUAUUGUUCAGAGGGUUAUGAAGGAAAUCCAUACCUCAGUGACAGUGAUGGUUGUAAAGAUAUUGAUGAAUGUAAAAAUUCAAGUCUCAACAAUUGUGAAAAGGACCGAUGUCAAAACGAAGAAGGGACUUUUAGGUGUGUGUGCCCGAAAGGUUACCAUGGAGAUGGUAAAAAAGAUGGACGAGGUUGCAUUCGUGGUCAAUCACUAAUAUUGAAACUUGUUGCAGGAAAGAAGGCAUUAAGCUAUGACAGACCAGAGGAGGAGAGAAGUUUAGCCAACUAUUUUCUCUCAACACUGAAGCAAAGCAACUUAUUCCAAGUUCUUGAUGAUAAUAUUGUAUGCGAAGGAAACAGUGAGGAGUUGACAUCAGUUGCUAUGCUUACGAAAAGGUGUUUACAUGUUAAAGGGGAGGAUAGACCUAGUUUGAAGGAAGUAGCUAUGGAACUUGAAGGUCUGAGAUUAGCAGGAAAACACUCGUGGAACCAAACAGAACCCAAUAAAGAAGAGUCGGAAUCCCUGCUUUCUGGGAAAAUGAAAGCCUUUGCAAUUGCAAAUGGUGAUGGUAGUAGUAGCACAGCUAUUGGACAUGAUAGCAUCAGGGAUCAUAUUAUUUUACCUAUGGGUAGUGGGAGAAGAUGUAUAGUAUAG